AUGGCGUUAGACACAUUGAAAACGCGACGGCGACAUGACUACAGGUUCCAGCUGGAAUACAGGACGAGAUGGAGCGACAAUGACAUGUACCAUCACUUGAACAACAGUAUCUACUACUUCCUAUUCGAUUCCGUGGUCAACACGUACUUGAUCCAGCACUGCUCCCUCCACCCUCCGACCUCGUCCCAGAUCGGCCUUGUCGUCCAUUCACACUGCGACUACCUCGCCCCAAUAGAGUUCCCUGCCGUCGUAGAUCUAGCGCUGAGAGUGAACAAGCUCGGGAAGAGCUCUGUCACCUAUGAGAUUGGCGUAUUCGAGAGAGGGCACGAGGAGGUCAAGGCAGUGGGCGAGUUUGUCCAUGUCUUUGUUGACCGAGAGAGCAGGAAGCCUGAGAAGCGUGGCAUGAGCGAUGAGCUGAAACAGGGACUUGGGAGGUUACUUGUGGACAAGGCGAAGCUAUGA